CGUUUUCCCCUCCCAAUUUGGGUCAUGCCAACAAAAGCCCCAACCUCUCACACGUCUCUAUCCCUCUCUUCAAGCUCUAAGCCUCCGCCAGCAACCCACCACCGCCAGCCGGUCGCGCACGCCCGUCCACCGUUCUCCCACCGACCGUCGGCACGCCUGCUACAGUCACGCCCGAGUGUCCGUUUGAAUCACCGGCGUGCAGACCGCGCCGCCGCGAGUGUCCGUCAACCGCUGCUGCUCAGUGGGUUUGGCCGGAGUUCUGAUUGGAUUGGGUUUCGAAGGAUUUCGGGGAUGGUCCAGAACGAUUAGAACUUGUUUUGACAGAAAUUUGGUAAUGAUUUCGAAUGUGUUAAAACCAAGCAAAGUUUUUGACGACGUUCUCAAUAGCUUAGCUUGGGGCUUAACAAAUAGAAAGAUUAUCUUCGCCAAAAUUGUCUCCAAGCACUACUUUUUUCCCUCUUCCUUUCUUAGUUUCUCUACUUCACGACCUUCCAAGCUUUCAGUUUUUCAAUUGCUGGAUAAUGUGACCACAUGCAUUGCUUUUCUACAAUCAUGUGCCGACCACAAGAAUCUCAACAAAGGAAAACAGCUUCACUCCCUAAUGAUCACUUAUGGUUUUUCUCCUUCGCCUCCAUCCAUCACUAGCUUAAUCAACAUGUACUCCAAAUGUGGUCAAAUGAGGGAAGCCAUUUUGGUUUUCCAUGAUCCAUGUCAUGAGCGUAAUGUGUUUGCAUAUAAUGCUAUAAUUUCUGGGUUUGUUGCUAAUGGUCUUGCUUCCAAAGGGUUUCAAUUUUAUGAGCAAAUGAGGUUAGAGGGUGUAAUGCCUGAUAAGUACACUUUUCCAUGUGUGGUUAGAACUUGUUGUGAGGUUAUGGAGGUGAAGAAGAUUCAUGGAUGUUUGUUUAAAAUGGGGUUGGAGUUGGAUGUGUUUGUUGGUAGUGCUUUGGUUAAUACUUACUUGAAGAUUGGCUCAAUGGAGAAUGCACAAAAAGUGUUUGAAGAAAUGUCGAUAAGAGAUGUCGUACUUUGGAAUGCAAUGAUCAAUGGGUAUGCCCAGAUUGGUUGCCUUGACGAGGCAUUAGAGGUUUUCAGAAGAAUGCAUAUAGAAGGGAUUGCGCCUAGUAGGUUUACUAUUACUGGCAUUUUACCUAUUUUUGCUUCAAGGGGAGACUUAGACAAUGGGCAAACAGUUCAUGGGAUUGUGAUGAAAAUGGGUUAUGAUUCAGGAGUUGCAGUUUCAAACGCAUUAAUUGAUAUGUAUGGGAAAUGCAAACAUAUUAGAGAUGCUUUAAUAAUUUUUGAGAUGAUAAAUGAGAAGGAUAUUUUCUCAUGGAAUUCAAUUAUAUCAGUUCAUGAACAAUGUGGUGAUCAUGAUGGUACCUUGAGGCUUUUUGAUAAGAUGUUAGGCUCUGAGAUUCUACCAGAUUUGGUAACCAUUACAACCGUUCUUCCAGCUUGCUCUCAUUUGGCUGCCUUCAUGCAUGGUAGAGAAAUUCAUGGAUAUAUGAUUGUUAAUGGAUUGGGAAAGGAUGAUGAAAAUGGAGUUGUAGAUGAUUUACUUGUAAAUAAUGCUGUUAUGGAUAUGUAUGCAAAAUGUGGAAGUAUGUACAAUGCCCUCAAGGUUUUUGAUCAAAUGAGCAAUAAGGACGUGGCAUCAUGGAAUAUCAUGAUUAUGGGUUAUGGUAUGCAUGGUUAUGGUAUGAAGGCAUUGGAUAUGUUUUCUCGAAUGUGUGAGGUCGGAUUUAAGCCAGAUGAAGUUACGCUCGUUGGAGUUCUAUCAGCAUGCAAUCAUACGGGUUUUGUGUCUCAAGGGCGUUUGUUGUUAGCUCAAAUGGAAUCUAAAUUUGGUGUUAUUCCAACUAUUGAGCAUUAUACAUGUGUAAUUGAUAUGCUUGGUCGAGCAGGGCAUUUGGAGGACGCAUAUGACAUCACCCAAAAAAUGCCUAUUCAAGCCAAUCCCGUCGUUUGGAGGGCUUUAUUGGGAGCAUGUCGACUUCAUGGGAAUGCAGAGUUGGCUGAAAUUGCAGCACGACAAGUAAUGCAACUUGAACCAGAGCAUUGUGGGAGUUAUGUAUUGAUGUCCAAUGUUUAUGGAGUCAUAGGUCGACAUGAAGAGGUGUUGGAGGUUAGAAAAACAAUGAAGGAACAAAAUGUCAAGAAGACACCUGGUUGUAGUUGGAUUGAACUCAAGGAUGGGGUGCACGUUUUUCUUACCGGAGAUAGGACACAUUCAGAAUUGAAUGCAUUGACUAAUCAAAUGUGUGAUAUUGGAUUCAUUUUAGAUGAAGUCUUGAAUUUAUAUUGAGACAUGGCAGCAUGAUGUUCAAUUGCAGUAAUCUUUCCCUUUGUUGAAAAUUGGGAAGGAAUUACAACCCUGGCAGCAUAAUUUCCUUUCUAAAGGAGGUAGAAUCACCCUCCUCAAUGCCAUUCUAUUCAACUUACCUUCUUACUUUUUGUCCCUCUUUCAUGCCCCAUCUUCUGUGGUGGACAAAAUUGAACAGCUCUUCCGUUUCCUUUGGUCUAGUAAUAGAGUCAACCAUGUCAAUCAUCUUUUCAAGUGGGAUAUUCUCAAACAGCCCAUUCAACACGGGGGUUUGGGCAUUGUUGACAAUAAACAAUGAAAUCGAUCCCUCUUGGCUAAAGGGAUUUGGAGAUUUGGUGUGGAAAAAACUGCCUUGUGGAGAAAACUCAUCAAAGGAAAAUACGGCUCCAAUCACUUUGGUACUAAGACUGUAGAAUCCAUCCCUGCAUCUUGCAAGAGCCCAUGGAAGGUCAUUUUGAAGCAGAGGGAACAAAUAUAUUCUAACAUUCUUUGUAAGCCAAGAAAUGGUGCCUCCACUGCAUUCUGGUCUGACACAUGGCUUGGUGACAGCCCCCUCUUUCAGAUUUUUCCUAAUUUGUAUGCCAUUGCUGAAUCUGAAGAGGCCUCCAUUGCGGAUGUUUGGAACAAGGACAAUGGGUUUGUCUUUGAAUUUUAGGAGAAACUUCAAAGAAGAGGAAAUCCUCAAAUGGGCCUCUCUCACACACCUCAUUCCUUUUGUUACAUUGUCACAAGCCUCUGACACAUAGGUUUGGAAUUUUAUCAUCCCUUCAAACCACAGAGAAGUGCGGAAGAUUAAUUCAUCGAAAUUCAUUUUUAGAGUGGAAAAAUGAGGAGGGAGAGAGUGGAUUGGAUAAGUCGAAUUGCAAGAAAAUAAAAUAUAGAAAUGCAAUCAACUGAGAUGUUCCAGUUUAGAGGACGAAUAUCAAAAUGACUCAAUGUAAUCUUGUUCAUCAAAUUAUUCGAAUGCAAUUUUGUAGUUCUUAAU